AUGUCGACUCUAGCGGGCUCGACCAAGGUCGACACGACCACCAAGGCGGAUUCGACGGCGACUGAAGCGGCCUCUUCCUCGGCUGCCCCGUCGACGACCACCACCAGUGAACACACCACCAGCACGACGAGUAGCUCGUCCACCUCGACGUCCACCUCGACCACGUCGUCCACAACCACCUCGGCGCAGCCGACAACGACGACUACUUCGACAACGGCUACUUCCACUUCGUCUUCGACUGUUGCGUCCACCACGUCUACCUCGACUAUCGCUUCGGCUACUGUUGAGACAACGACCUCCUCGCAGGGAAACACGAUCAUAGUGGUGACACAGACGGAAACCGGCACCGUGGCCACGAGCAUCGGAACUUCAACGACCUCCUCAUCGACGGGUACCGACGCCGCUUCCCUGUCGACCUCGACCGCUGCCGCAAGCUCUGGUCUCUCCUCUGGCGGUAAGAUUGCCAUUGCCGUCGUUGUGCCCGUCGUGUCCGUCGCUCUCAUCAUAUUGGUCGCGCUCUGGUUCUGGCGCAAGCGCAAGGCCAACAAGGCGGCCGAGGAAGAGCGUCGAAAGGAGGUCGAGGAAUACGGCUUCAACCCGAACAAUGAUCCCACUCUGCCUGGCAUGAUGGCCGCUAGCACAGUCGCCCCCAAGGAUGACACCUCGUCCGGAUACCGUGGCUGGGGUACGACCUCCGCCGGCCGCAAAGCCUCGACCAACCUGUCGAGCGGCAUGGGCAUGGCCAUGUCUGAAGGCAGCGGUGCUUACCAUCACGGCGCGACCCCCAGCGAAGGGACCGUGCAGUAUUCCGAUGGCACUCGUCCGGACUCGGGUGAGGUGGAGCCCAUUGGCGUUCUCGGCGCCGCCCCCGUCGCAGCGAACAACCGUAAUGGCGAUAUCCACCGCGGUCCCUCCAACGCUUCCUCCGCCUACUCUGCCGCCAACCACUCCGAGGCCUCGGAGGAGAGUCAUAUGUCCGGGGGCCACCCGUCCGCUGGAUACUACGGGGAUAAUCCGUACUACGGCGAUGUGAACGCCAACGGCGCGUACGGGGGUGAUGACUACCAGCCCGUCAUCCGGGAUGUCCAGGCGCGCCGCAACACGCGCAUCGAGAACCCGGGUGUCUACCCGCGGUCGGGCAACGCGGGUAUUGCCCAGAAUUUCUAG